AUGUGCAAAAGAUCCAUCAUUACUCGGGCCACAUCAAUUAUUUUCUAUCAUACGAUAAUUCGAUGUCGAAUAGGUAUUGAACCAGCAGCUUCAAAUGCUCUGUCACAGUCAGGCAUUCCACCGUUCAAAAUAAUCGAUUUCGUGGACUUCCUGUAUCGACAGCACAUGACUAGUUUUGGUUACCAGGAGAGAUAUUUUUUUAUGAUGAUGGGUCGCUCAUCGCCGCUUGGUUCCGAUAAGUUAUGGGUAUUGUGUGAUUGUGAAGAAAUAGCUGCAGAUGUACACAACAAAAAAAUUCCGAGUGGACCGCUAUUGUAUUUAAAUUCUGCCUAUCAUUCCCAUUGCGAUCGAUUUCAUACACACAGUGGAUAUCGAAGAACAGGAACUACAUCAAAAAAAUUGACUCUUGAUGAAACGUCACUGAAAGAACGACGAACCCAAAUACGUAUUUACAAAUGGACUGCAGAGUCAAUUCAGAAAAUUUAG